AAAACAUUCGGGUAUUAUUUUCCAUUUUUCCAACUUCUUCACCAUUUCCUCUACAGACGUUUCAUCCAGAAAAUCAUCAUUUGCCAGCGCAACAUCCGGAAUAACGAGGAAUAUUGAGGCCCAUACAGAAUGAAUCGAGUUCACGGAACUUUGUGCGUUUUCGUCUACUUGAAAAUUUUCAUCUCAAAUUACUGCGCGGUAGCAGCCCCUGGAGCUACUAAGACGGCAAGUCUACGGAAAAAAACUCCUGCUGAGAUCAAGGACAAGCUGCUCAAGUUCAACGUUAUACCUGAUAUUAUACCCGUUGAGAGCUUUCCGGAACAUGAAAUGCAGGUAGUUUGGCCUGAAGCAAAAGCCGAUCUUGGCAACCUCAUUCCACCAAACCUCACUGUGACACAACCUAAUGUUUCAUGGCCUUCAUCUGAAGGACAUUACUACACUCUACUUAUGGUUGACCCAGACAGAGAUCAAGAUAUGGAGUUUGGAGAAUCAAAAGAUUACUUUAAUGAAUAUCAAUGUUGGUUGGUUGGCAAUAUUCCUGGCAGCAAUUUAUCAGCUGGAGAAAAAUUUACAGAUUACGUCCCUCCUAUCAAACCUAAACCUUUAUAUUUCAUGCGGACCGUAUUUUUUGUAUUUGAACACGCAAACAAGACAACUAUAAAAUAUGAAGAACCGCGAUUGCUUUCAGAUAGUGGCGAGGACGCAUGGCGCGCUCAUUUUCGGACGAGAAAGUUCAUGAAGAAAUAUGGGUUCAAGAACGCAUACGCGGUCAACUUCUUCCACGGUGAAUGGGACGCAUGGGUACCACCGGGACCCGAGGAGGAAGCCGAAAUGCUUAUCACUCUAUCUGCACCGCCUAUAACGACAAGGAGUUACUGGGACUAAGUUAAUCGUAAUAAACUACGUUUCCGAGCUUUUCGGUCAUCUUGAGGCCAAAAGAAGUUUCUUUCUAUUGGUCGACACUGAAUUGCGAUAAUAUCAACAAGUGGAUGGACGGUUCCAGGAGCAAAAACUUACUUUGUCAAGCAGCUGAUAGAUGAAUGGAUAAAAGUAUGUUUGCAGUUAAGUAGAUCUUAUGGAGAGCGUUGAAAAGACAAAAUGUCAUGUCAUUCUUAAA